AUGUGGAGGAAGUUCGAACAGCAAGUGGUAUCGGAACUACCUGAGUCCCACCUCUCUUCCGUCCAUGGGAAGGCUGAAUUUGAUAAGUGUAUUGUAGAAACGCAAUUUCUGCUAGACUGUGGCCUGUUCGAGACGGAAACACUGCUGGUUGUUGCCGAUCCAUGCGACGACGUCGGUUCAGCAGGAAGUGCUCUGAACGCUCUUCUGACCACGGGUACACCUGGGGAAUCUCUUCCUCUCGGAGCCGGCUUCCUUCCUUCGUCGAAAAUCGCUGAAUGCCCUUGGAUCAUGCCGGACUACCCAAUAGUUCAUACGAUACGCAACGUAAACGUACUAGCCACGAAUUGUGAUUAUGGAGUGUGGAUUUGUGGAACGGACACAUUGUGGAAACUACCAGGUAAUCCAAAUAAAUUCAGUCUCAAGCCUGACGAAAUAUCUGCGUUCUGCUUCGAGGGAGAUUGUCAACAGACGUUAAGUCAUGGAACAUAUCAAGUCGAUGACGAGAUCGUUGAGUUACCGCUGUCAAUAUGCCGGAGAUAG